GAAUGCCAACUGGGUCAAAGAAAAUUUCUAUAUACUUGGAAAGUAAGUAAUGGCAAGACUGUGGAAAUUGUGCGCACUGAUUUUUCUUUUUUUUGGUCUCUGUAAGUAGAUAGGAAGAAUACCAGCAACUACUAGUGAGUGAUUAUUUUGCUUGAGUAUAAGCCGAUCUACUUCCCAGAAAUCAGAAAGCUUUUUAUAGUUGCUAGGGUGUUUGGAAAAAUUGUUCUUCUGUCUCUGGUUUCCUUCUCAGAAUUCACCCAGCCCAAGGUAGAAACUUUGAAAAUAAGCUACUUAAUGGAUUGUUGGCUUUGACCUAUGAAUCAAGAAGUUAAGAACCACUUGUUACUAGGAACCUAGCACUUGUCUAUUAGGAACCCAGAGGCUUGGGCAGAAGGUGCAGUGGAGUCAACAUGGGACAUUUCCAGUGCCUUAACACAGCACAACCAGGAAUGAAUGAUGCUAGUCUUCAUGACAUACCUGCUCACAUAAACAAGAACAACACUACUCACUGACAUGGGCUUUUGGGGUCUCACAAAAGAGUGAAGAUGAAGAGACUUGUAACCGUGAAAAUGUGGGUUUCAAGACUGUGAACUGCCAAAAACUGUAAAGAUAAUUUUUAGAGUCUUGAUUUAAAUAAAAAAAAAUAGUGGUUGCCAUGGGAAAAAUUCCCAAAUAUGAAAAUACCCAAGUCAGCUGGGUUUAUGGAGAUUUUAAUUAAUACAAAUGAAGAAAUUAAGGAAAGGGAGAGAGAGAGAAUAAGAGAAAAUAAUAUGAAGGACCUAGGCCAAAUGGCCUCCGCCUGAGCCUUAAGAGAGACUAGUCAGUCUUUUGUCACUUACCACAACAUUUGUCCCAAGCAAAACUCUAGUCCUUCACUGAAAUCCUCAACUCCUGAACUGAGUUCAGAGACCCAGCUCCUCCAACUAACUCCAAACUCCCACUAGGUUCAGAGAGCCAGCUCCUUUUAAAGAGAAAUUUCUCUUAUGUCACCUCCCCUAAAUUUUCACAUCUACCAAUCACAGUAGCCGUUUUUCCCAGGACUGACCAUUCUUAGUUCACAUCUUCUUUUGUUAUCACCUUCUCUGAUUAGAUUAUAUAUUCUGAGUAUUUCGCAACUCUUUGCUAAACUUGCCCUUUGUAAGUUGCUUGACCUUUUAGUGAUUAAUUUAACCUUUAUAGAUACUUAGCACCCUUUUGUAUUAGAUCUAAAAAUAGACCUAGCUUAGGGUUUUUGCUUCACUAUAAGUUUGAAUUGGGGACUUUUCAUUGUUCCAUCAGGAGUUUACAAUUUUAUCUUCCCCUAAGGCACUGUCUGAGCAGGGUGGAGUAAUUUUAAAGUUCUCAAUACAUUCCUGACCAAGUAUCUAUAUUGUUUAAAAUGGGGAAUAGCUUAACCAAAUCUUCUAAGGUACAGUCUGAGCAGUUUUAAGAUUCACAGACUUAAAAACUGUAUUUGUUGGUUCUGAAAUUGGCUGAAGGAGGCUUACCAUCUAGCUUUGGCCUCAGCUCAGAAAACCUUUGAUUGAAACAAAUGAUGGUAUGAAACCCAAGUUGGUUGUUAAGAACCUCAGCAAUGUGGCUAAGCAAUUUAGUGUGCAGGGAACCACAGAACAGUUGAUUCUACCUUUGCAACCUAUUUCCUAUAUUUUCCUUUCUUUUCUCUGACAUUGCCAUCACUGGUGCUGGCCCUGUCAUCUCAUAUCAGAAUUACAAGAGCCUAUUUAUUGGUGGAUCUUUCUGCCUCAUUUUCCCUCCUUUCAGCCCCUCCCUCCACCCCACCCCUCGCCCUGCAACCUAUUCUCCACUUAACUAUCAAAGUGAUAUUCCUCUAGCCUGGUCUGACCUUGUUGCUCACCUCAGUAAACUCCAAUUGCCCCCCUAGUAGGUCCAGGAUUAAAUAUAAAUCCUCUGGCUUUUAAAACCACCUUUCCAAUGUAUGUUUAUUUCAUUCCAUCUGCAUUUGAACUCUUUGUUGUUCCUUGCACAAGACACCUCAUUCUCCGGAUUCUGAAUUUUCAUUGAGUGUCCCCCAUAUCUGGAAUGCUUUCCCUCCUUCCUUCAGUCUUCUGGCUUCCCUGGUUUUGUCUCAAUUAAAACCCUACCCUUUCAAUCAUCCUUGAUGAUAGUGCCUUCUCUGAGAUUGCCUCCAGUUUAUCUUCCAUCAAUCAAUAAACAUUUGUUAACCACCUAAUAUGUGCCAGGCACUGUGCUAAGAUUGGGGAUGCCAAGCAAAACAAAACAAAGAAGGCCCCUACCCUUUAGGAAUUUACAAUCUAAUGGUGGAAACGAUAUGCAAACAAAUAUUGACAAAGCAAACCACAUACAGAAUAAAUAGGAAGUAAUUAGCAGGAGGAAGUCACUGGAAUUUAGAUGGGGUAAGGAAAGCUUCCUAUAGAAGGUGGGAUUUUAGGUGAGAUUUAAAGGAAGCCAGAAAAGUCUGUAGUCAGGCCAAAGGAGGGAGAGAUCCACAAAUGGAGAGAGGGAGACAGACAGAAUGUUCUUAGUUAAGAGAUGGAGUGUCUUGUUUCAGUAACAGCCAAGAGGUUGGUAUCACUGUAUUUCAAUACAUAUAAGGGAAUAAGGUGCAAGAAGACUGGAAAGAUAGAAGGGAGCUAGGUUAUAAAGGGCUUUGAAUGUUUAACAAGAUAUUUUAUAUUUGCUCUUCGAGGCAAUGGGGAGCCAUUGGAAUUUUUUGAGGUCAGGGGAGGAGGUGAUUUGAUCAGACCUGCACUGUAAGAAAAUCACUUUAGUGGCUGAAUGGAGGAUGGAUUGGAGUGGAAUAAUACGGGUUUGAGGUAAUGAAGACUUAUACUAGAGUAGUGACAGUGUCAGAGGAGAGGAGGGAAUAUAUUUGAGAAAUGUUGCAAAGGCAAAAUGGACAGUCCUUGACAAUAGCUUGGCUAUGGGGGCUGAGAUUUAGUGAGAUUUCCAGGAUGACUCUUAGGGGGUGAGCUUGAAGGACUGGAAGAAUGAUGUUGCCUUCUUCAGUAAUAAGGGUUUAGGGUUCUGUUUUGGACAUCUUGAGAUCAGGAUAUCCACUGGACAUCCAUUUUGAGAUGUCUGAAAGGCUGUUGGAGAUUCAAGAGUGGAGGUCAGCAGAGAGACUGGGGCAAGAAUGGCAAAUUUGAGAAUUGUCAGCAUAGAGAUGAUAAUUAAAUCCUUGGGAGUUGAAGAGAUCACCAAAUAAGACAGCAUAAAGGGAGAAGAGAAGAGGACUUACAUCAGAACCCUGAGGGACACCUAUGGUUACAGGGCAUGAUCUGGAGGAGGAUCCUGAGAAGGAGGUGCUAGAUAGGUUGGAGGAAAACCAGGAGAGAGUGGUGAGUGAAAACCUGGAAAUAAGAGGAUGAUCAACAGUGUCAAAGGCCAUUGGAUCAAAAUCCAAGGUUUAACAACUUGUAUUAAUAACUAGUAACUUGAGAGAGAGUUCAAGUGAAAUAAUAAGGUUGGAAGCUGGAUCUUAAGAAUUAAGAAGAGAUUGAAAAAAUGGGGAAGGACCUAUUUGUACAAAAAUAUUUGUAGCUGCUCUUUUGUGGUGGUGUAACAAUUAAAUUUAGGGUUUGACUCAAUGAGAGUUAAAAAAUAACAUUGUGGUCGCUGUUUAUAAAAUAUUAGCCCCUAAGUCAAAAUGAUUGUUAGCAGCUUUUAUUUACAACAAGGUAGAGAUAGUGAAAGUGGGAAAUAUAGGAAAUAUAUCCUAAGUGCUGCUCUGGUGAAGUCUGGCUCAGACCCUGGCAGAGGCUUCCCCAAGUCCUGAUCUCCGCAUGGAUUUCCUGAUAGCCCUCAGCCAGAAGUCCCAGUAGUGUCUUCAGCUGGAGUUCCACCAACUCAGAAUGACUCCAGGGGAAAGCAUGUCUCUUCAGCUCUACUCACCAAUGCAGAAUCCAAGGGAAGAGUCUCUCCAAAAGCCAAAGAAGGAAUGGUCUCCAAGGAACCAAUCUCUCCAAAAACCAAGGAAGAUAAGAGAGACCAGACCAUGUUGGUCUCUUUUAUAUCCCUUCUUCCUCAUUAUUUCCUGUCUCUCCCCCUCUUCACAGAAAUCAUUUGCAGUCUUUCAAUUUGCCUAGCACUACCCAUGGCUGAGCAGUGUCCUUGGGAGGUGAGAGAUUUUUUUCUAGUAAGUGACUGGCGAAUUCUCUUACUUAAAUGUUAUUAGCUAUUAAGUAGGGGUACUUUAAGUUCUUGAUUUGAUUAAAAAUAGACAAGGGGAGAGUUAAUUCUAUCUUCACAGCAGCAAAGAAUUGGAAACAAAAGGGAUGUCCCUAAACUGAGGAAUGACUGAACAAAUUGUGGUAUGGUGAUGGAAUAUUAUUGUGCUAGAAGGAACGAUGAACAGGAUGAUUUCAGAGAGUUGGAAAGACCUAUGUGGACUGAUACAGAGUAAAAUAAGCAGAACCAGGAGAACAUUAUACACAGUAACUGCAAUAUUGUGGAACAAUCAAAUGCUACUAAAAGCAAUAAAACGAUCUAGGACAAUUCUGAAGGACUUAUGAAAAAGAAUGCUAUACACCUUCAGAGAAAAAACUGUUGGAGUAGGAAUACAGAUGAAAACAUUUUUAUUUGGGGAGUAUACGGUGAGGACUGGAAAGAUUCAUUAUGUUGAAAUUGGCGGACAUGAGAAUCUGCUAUAUUAUGCAUAUGAUAAACCAAUAAUUCUAGUCCAUCCAUGUCAUUCCCACAUUGCUUUGUUUUUAGGAAAGACGGUUUUUUUAACUACAAAUUAUUUUGAAAGUAGUCUAAAGCCACUCUUUGCUCCUAGAAGCUUACAGAUUGCAGUUCCAGUUGUAACAUCAGCUAUUUUUUCCUCUUCGUAUUUGUUGUUGGCAAUAAAUGGAAAUAUCUAUAGCUUUGAUUAUGAAGAUGGUACUUGGCACAAAAUUCUAGAAACAGGAGAGAAAUUGGAACGUGUUUUUGCUGAGUAUUGUUGUUAUAGUGAUGAUUUCUCAUGUAUAUCUGUAAGCUUUAUGGUUUUAGCAUAUUCCAUUGGACUGCCUCCAGGUAAUACGGCUGUAUAUAUAUCCAGGAGUUUGGGAUUGCACUUUGACAGAUUAAACAUAACACAAAUGGGCCACAUACAAGCAACUGUUGAAGGCUUCUUUUACUUCCAUUCCAUGUCCAAGUACGCAGUGUUGUUGAAGUUUGGCAAAGUCGGAAGGUUUCUUUAUACAAAUUUCCCAGAAGAAGAAAGUUUGGGGCUGCCUUUUUUCAUGGAUGGCUCUUAUAGAAUCACAAAUCUUCCAGGUUUAAAAGGCUUUUUGAUUUUCUGGAAUGAAAAUAACAUACAGUUUUCGCAUAACAGUGGUCAGCUUGUUGGACCUAUUAUUGUUAAAAAGAAUAUGCAGUUUUUGUAUCCGUCCAUUUCACAGAUGGGAAUGAAGAUCUACACUAUUGCUUCCUAUGAUAAUGAAUUGGCAAUUUUAACUGAAAACGGGAGAUUUUUUUAUGGCACUCUAGGGUUGCUAUCAACUUCUAUAUUUGAAGUUACACCAGAAGAUAUUGACAUAAACAAUACAGCCUUGAUGUUUAUAGGUGUUGGAUUCAUUUUUGUGGUGACUCCAAUUAAAGAUCCAGUUUUUCAGGCCUAUGAUUUCCACAUAUGUAUCAUUAAUAUACAGAAGUUGCUCCAACAAUCUGAGAUUGGCUUAAAAACUUGCAAGGCAGAACUUUUGCAAGGAAAUUUCGAUAAAACAAUGCAUAUUUUGGAUAUGAGUGAUACCCUGCACUUGUAUGGUGUGAUGGUACCCCAACCAACUCAAAAUCCGAUCCCAAUAAUAACCAUCAGUAAUCCCCAUUCUCUUGGACUCAAACUAAAAAUGUAUGAAGAUGGCUACACCUAUGAUGGAAACAUAAAAUUUAAAAUAAACAUUACCCUGAUGCAGCAGUACCUCUCAGGCAAGGCUCAUGACAGCUUCAUUUCCAACAUAAAGGUACCCAGUUUAUCCACCAUCACUCUGGAUUUAAUUGACAGAGGACUAUCCUGUAUUGACUUACAACCUCCGACGGGUCUCAUUUCCAUUGGUUGCAAUUGGGCUAAAAAAAUCAUCAUCCGCAAUACUUUAAAUGCAUGUACCAAAGACAUCCUGACACCAGUGGAACUGCAGAAAAAUUAUACCUACAUCCUUGAAAAGGGAACGUAUGACCCUUCUUUCAAUAGCCGAUUACGGCUCGAUCUUCAGGACCAGGCUGUAAUAUAUGAUUAUGAGGAGCUGGGAUGUCCACAACUGGUCUAUUUCAACAAUCCGUGGAAACCCGUCAUUGAACUGUGGGAAGGAUCACGGUUUGUGGAAGUUGUUACUACAGAAUUUGUCCUGAUGGAGAAAAAUGGAAUGCAUACUUAUAAUUACUCCAAAAAUGUUGGAGGGGCUAAUUGCAAGUCACAGGCUCAGAAUUGGACCUCAGUGAUGGCUGCUUCUACUACAAAAAAUUAUCUAGCGUGGACAAGAGAAAUUUAUGUCACCUGCCAUGAACUUAACCACAGUAUUCCAUUGUUAUGGCCUGACCUUGAAUAUCAGAUUCUUGGAGGUAGAACAGAUAAUAGUAUCAUUUUUCAGGAAAGAAAUGGAUUUUACAUUUUUCAUCUUACCAUUGUGGAUCCAUUUUACAGCUACUGUGAUCUGACCACCUCAUUUGCUAUUUAUGUCUACGGUGCUUUCCCCCAAAGGCUUCUCCCUGACUAUCCACUUGCCUUGCUCGUGAUGUUAAGCAUGUUGUUUAUCCUCUGGCUUGGAUACGUCAUUCCAAAACUGUCAUCAACGGAGAAGGGAAGAGUCAUCAUAGGCUUUUUCCAGGAAUUAUGGAAUCCAUUCAUGAAAAGGGAAAAAAGGAAGAGGCCUAGCCAUCGCUAGGGCACUUGAAUCUAAAACUGUUAUUUAUUAUUAAAAUAUUAUAAGGAGGCUGAUCCCCAGUGAUCAGUCUUUCAACAGGUUGUUUUCUUGAUUUAUUUUUAAUAAACUCUUUUUAGUUCUCUUUG